GUCCUUGGCUCGCCAUGUGUGGUAACACGCUCCGCCGCUGCCACGCUAUUUAAACGCGGGCUAUGGAUCCAGGAACCGGCGCGAAUCAAUGAGAUCAAACGCGAAGGAGAUGCACCGUCAAUUACAAGCACUUGGACAAGUCUAACUUUUUUUUUCUUUUACAAAUACGCUUUCAAAAGCAACCUUAGCAACGCCCAAAUAAGAAGCCACCUCUAAGCAAACAGCAUAUGUAUAAAGGGAGGGCGAAUAUAUAUAUAUUUAUAAUAAGUAUAUAUGUAUAUUACAGACGCACAGGUUUACACUCGGUGAACUUUUUCUUUUUUUAAAAAAACUAGUGACAUUGAAGAGAAGGACUGUUCCUCUCUAUCUUUUGGCGCGUUAGUGAAGGGGGUAUUCUGUUUUCUUAGAUCGCCCAAGGGGGCGCAGGGACCUCAAAGAAGAGUGGGGAAGAAAGAGGAAGGGUGGGUGGGGGGCAGAGGGUGAGUCGGCGGCGAAGGCUACCGCUUUCUUGCGGCACGAUGCCGUCCCUGCUGGUGCUCACUUUCUCCGCGUGCGUCCUGCUCGGCUGGGCGUUGCUGGCUGGCGGCACGGGUGGCGGCGGGGGUACCGGCCCAGGCAGCGGGCGCCGGGAAAGAGAGGCGCUGCCUCCUCAGAAGAUCGAGGUGCUGGUGCUGUUGCCCCAGGACGACUCGUACUUGUUCUCACUGGCUCGGGUGCGGCCGGCCAUCGAGUAUGCCCUGCGCAGCGUGGAGGGCAACGGGACCGGGAGACGGCUUCUGCCGCCCGGCACUAGCUUCCAGGUGGCCUACGAGGACUCGGAUUGCGGUAACCGCGCACUCUUCAGUCUAGUGGACCGCGUCGCGGCUGCACGAGGCGCCAAGCCCGACCUCAUCUUGGGGCCUGUUUGCGAGUACGCUGCAGCACCGGUGGCCCGACUUGCGUCGCACUGGGAUCUGCCCAUGUUGUCGGCCGGAGCACUGGCCGCGGGCUUCCAACACAAGGAAACUGAAUACUCGCACCUCACGCGCGUGGCGCCUGCCUACGCCAAAAUGGGCGAGAUGAUGCUAGCCUUGUUCCGCCACCACCACUGGAGCCGCGCUGCGCUCGUCUACAGCGAUGACAAACUGGAACGGAACUGUUACUUUACCCUCGAGGGUGUUCACGAGGUUUUCCAGGAGGAGGGUUUGCAUACGUCUGCCUACAAUUUCGACGAAACCAAAGAUUUGGACCUGGACGACAUCGUGCGCUACAUCCAGGCCAGUGAGCGAGUGGUGAUCAUGUGUGCGAGCGGUGACACCAUCCGGAAUAUCAUGCUGGCAGCACACAGACAUGGCAUGACCAGUGGAGACUACGCUUUCUUCAACAUUGAACUCUUCAACAGUUCUUCCUAUGGAGAUGGCUCAUGGAAGAGAGGAGACAAACACGACUUUGAGGCUAAGCAAGCAUACUCAUCCCUCCAAACAGUCACUCUACUGAGGACCGUGAAACCUGAGUUUGAGAAGUUUUCCAUGGAGGUGAAAAGUUCUGUUGAGAAACAAGGGCUCAAUGAGGAGGAUUACGUGAACAUGUUCGUUGAAGGAUUCCAUGAUGCCAUCCUCCUCUAUGUCCUGGCUUUACAUGAAGUACUCAGAGCUGGUUAUAGCAAGAAGGAUGGUGGGAAGAUUAUCCAGCAGACCUGGAACAGAACAUUUGAAGGUAUUGCUGGGCAGGUCUCCAUAGAUGCCAAUGGAGAUCGGUACGGGGACUUCUCUGUGAUUGCCAUGACGGACGUCGAAGCAGGGACCCAGGAGGUUAUUGGCGACUACUUUGGAAAAGAGGGUCGUUUUGAAAUGCGUCCUAAUGUUAAAUAUCCUUGGGGCCCUUUGAAACUGCGAAUAGAUGAAACCAGAACUGUAGAGCAUAGCAACGGCCCUCCUUGCAAAUCGUCAGGUGGCCUAGAAGAAUCAGCAGUGACGGGAAUUGUUGUGGGGGCCCUUCUUGGAGCUGGUUUGCUAAUGGCCUUCUACUUUUUCAGGAAGAAAUACAGAAUAACCAUUGAGAGGCGAAACCAGCAAGAAGAAAGUAACAUUGGAAAACAUCGAGAGUUGCGGGAAGAUUCCAUCAGAUCCCAUUUUUCAGUGGCUUAAAAGAAGCCUUCCUCCCCGCCCACCCCCUCUGCUUGAGAUUCUUAAGCUGGGAUGAAAGACAUCCAUGGAACAGAAGGGGUGUUCUUGAAGAAUUCAUUCUUUUAAGCAGUUAGUCAUUUUGUCUUAAAAUUUCUUUAGAAGCUCAGGAACUGUUAUUAAUCACCAUUGGCCUCCUAGCCUUUCAUCUCAUGACAAAGAAAUAUAAGGAUAUAACGUCACUCUGUUAAAUGUUCAUACUGCUUGGAGGGCAUAGAAUUAGACUUGUGUUUUUACAACCUGCUGUCUCCAUAUCUGGAUGGUUUCUGGGGACAUUUCACACAAGGAUAUAAAAAUGUGGUUUUCUUAAAUGAACUGUUUUGUAGCUAGAAUAAAAUCAUUUUUAUAAGUAGAAUAUUCUUGGAAAGAAUUUAACACCCAAUGAGAGGAAACUGUAAUGAAAAAAAAUUCGAGGUUGGAAAUACAGUGUCCGUCUCUCUGGAGCUGGAGGACAGGUUGUGGUGGAGCAGGGCUCUGUCUAACGUCUACAUUCAGGUCUGACUUCAUAUCUCGAGAAAGGAUCCUCCCUGUCUCUCUCAGUGUCUCAUAAAAGCUACUCUGGAAAGUUGUAAAUAUUAGUGAGGUAGGAGGGUUUUUACAAGAAAAGCAAGUCUGAAAUGUUUCUUUCUUUUUUAUGUAAAAAAACCUAUUUCACACUAACAUUUUAUUUUUAAGUAUUUUAAUCUUAUAUUUUGGUAUUAGAAAAAUGUGUCUAUUUUUUCAUUUUGAAGAUUAAAUUUCACUUAUAUUUUAAAUGAAUGGGUAAAGUGUACAACAAAUCAAUGAUGAUGAAAGAUACUUCUCUUCUGUUUCUAUCUUGGCCAGAUUGCUGCUUUAAUCACAGAGAACUAGAACUGUAUUCAGGUUAUAGACACAGGAGUCAUAAAUUUCCGAAACCAUUUUGCAUUUUUGACUGUUUUAAGUGCAAAUCAUUUCAGGGUUAUAUCCCUUCCAAUUCUGGCUAGAUUAUGAGUUUCAAGAUCAGGAAGGAAAAGCUAUUUAGAAUUAAACAGAGUUUUAUAAAGACAGGUAGCGGUUUUUCCUCAAGAACAACUAAACAGAGAGAGAAUUUGACAGUAAGCACAGAAAUGAGAAAUUGAAAAAAACACAUACAUGAUAUUUGCCAAAAUUCACAGUGGUGAUUUUGGCUAAAAGAGGGCAUCUAAAUGUCCACCAUGUCCGCUUGCAGUCAACUCCAUAGAGCUUCAUGGCCACCCCCUAAACACCUGUGUUAAUGAGUGGGUUAGGUGCAGACAUUAGGAAUUUUGGAGAAGGAAAAUAAGUACUUAUUGGGUAUCUGCUUUGCAUCCAUGAUGGUGCACAGAGGAUUACAGUGUGGGAAGAUGGGUGGCUGUCUGAUGAGUGUUCCAUCUUAUAGUUAUGCAACCAGGGUUCUUCCUUAGCCACACUUUGAGGAUCUGAAACAUAGUUUUAAAAGUCAUCUUCAUAUCUGUAAAGGCCACAGACAGGAGUCUGAACAGCUCCUCAGUGGUGGUGGUGGUGGUGGUGGUGGUGCGAAGGUGAGUGUGGAGGCAAGCUGAGUGGGUGCAGCAUGUCCUUGUCCUUAGCCUGAGCGUGCUUCCCCAGGGGACUGCUCUGUGACUCACAAUUCAUCAUCCUAAGGGAAGGAGUAUUUCUGCAUGGGCCAGUUUUCCCUCUAUUGUUUAGAAAAUGGGAUGCAGGUUGCUGGGAGGGUGUGGAAGAUGAAUUAAUAAUAGUCACAGAAACAAUGACAGUUGUAGGUCCCCAUGCUGAAUGCAAAGUAAAAAGUGCUGAAUUCUAAAAACAGUGGGGGAAAAAAAGAAGUCAAGAAAAGCAAACUCCUGAAAUCCAGAUGUAGGAAGAUUGAGAAGUAAAACACAGGAAAGCGAUGUUUGAUGGCUGUGGGGUCCCCAGAGCCAAAACAGAGGUGAGGAGGGAUCACAUCUACCUUAAUUAUGUGAAUCAGAGAACUGAUUUCUCUUUAACUCUUACUUUUCAAUGGUGUUUUUCAUAUAUUUUAGAGAUAUUAAUUUUCUAUUAAUUUUUAUUUGGUGAGAACAUUUACCUUCCAAACCUAGGUGCUUAUUACUCUACCUGGUUGUUGUCUUUGGUUAUAAACACUUCUAAUCUUUUAGUGUGCCCACAAACACCAACAUUUUUAGAGUAAAUAUCUUUUUUUAAUACUUCAGAUAGAAAAGUAGUUCUAAAUUUAAUAUUGUAUCCCUAGUUAAGAUCUUAAAGACAAGUGAGAAUUUAAUCUUUUAAAAAUGGCAGGAACAGAUCACAAGGUUUUUGGUAUGUGGAAAUCAUUCUGGUUGCUUAUUUACAUCUCUAUUGUUUUUUCUUCCUUGAAAUCUUCAUAUGAAUUACUCCAUUAAGUUCUGAAAGCUCCCCAGUGGGAAACCUUUGCUAAAAGUAUAGAUGUUUGGCCCAAGGUUGCCCUGCAUUAAGAUCUCUAGAGGUUGUAUUUUGGGACUUAAAUUCCUAAUUGUUAAGCAACAUCUUGACAACUAGUCAUUCAUACUCUGCCAGUAGCCACAAAUUAUAUAAUAAAAUAAAUAGCGCUUUGGUUCUUAAAAUAAAGUUUUACCCUGAAAUCCAAGGUGUUCAGAUUUCAAAAAGGAUAUUUUAUCAGUAUUCUUCAUCUGGUCACAUAUAAGCUCACAUUGAUACAGGUCAAAAUGAGCAUAUAUUCUUUGAUGUUAGAAAUAAGUGUAGAUUUUAUGCCAUUAUUAUUGUCUUAGAUUUUGGAGGGUGGGAGAGGAACUCAGAAACAAAAACUUUCCCCACAUGAACAACUUGUAUCUGGAAAGAACUUCCUGCAUACAGUCCAUAUUUUUCUGCAGCCUGAUCACAGGUUUUAUGAGGAAGCCCCUGGAAACUGCAUUUGUCUGAAGAGUCAUCAACUUGUUUUUCUCUGAACCACAGAUAUGGCUCCAUAGGCUUUAUAAUAAUUCUCUAAAUGUCAGAAGCCACAUUUAAUGGAGGGAGGGCAGAAAUGUUUGGAAAGAACAAAUGCCUCCUUUUCUCCUUCCUAAAGUUCAAAGACUUUUGCUUUGGAGUGCCAAUCACGUCUCCCUGUUCACAGGCUUUGAGGACCAUUAAUUAGCUCAAGGCCCAUGUGCUUUCUUUGCCCCUAUCAUCACUUUUCUUCUGGUUGGGACCGAUUUGGGGCCUAAGAUCUGCUGUGGGCAGUGAAAAUCAAGGCCAAGGUAGACCUCACACACAGACAGCCGUGGAUUCAGAAUUAGGUCCAGUGGCAUCGUCGCCUUCCUGUAAGUGGGCACAUGCUGGCUAUUUACAGAAGUCUCUUCAGGAGACUGAGUGGAAUACUAGGCCACCAGUAUUAAGGGAGUGUUCAUAAAUUGGAAGGAGCAAGUGUCUGUGUUUUGGGGACACAAAGAACUCUGAUGCUGAAUGGAUGCAGUCCUCAAGGCAAACGCCAACCUAAAUUAGGCUCCUUGAUCUACGUAUCAUGGGUUUUGUUUAGUUACACCCUGUGGUUCAGGGCCUCCUAAGGAAGCUGGUAAUGAGUUCAAUUUCUCAUUCAGUGGAAAAAACUGAAACUGUUUAAAAACACAGGAUAUGUUUAGGGGCAGCUUGGAAACAGAGGGAAUGAGAUGGUGAUAUUCAGAGGGAUGAGUUUCUUUUUCAGUUUGUCUUAGAAUUGAAGAAUAACCAACAAUUUAGUCCCUCUCCAAUGGCCACACUCAGUAGGCACUUCAUCCACCAACAGAAAUGGAAGAGUGUAGCUUUGCAGGCUGUCACUGUCUUUACACCCCAACCCCACCCUCCAUCCGUUUUGGCUGAAGGUAUGUCAGCAAGUGGGAACUUGUGAACAGGCCUCUGUACAUCCUUAGAGGGAAAAUGGCAAAAUAAUGCUGGUUAUAAGAAGGUAGCUGGCUUUUCAUCAGAACCCUAUACUAACUAGACCACACAUGCCCCUCACAGUUCAAGCCUGUGAUGUGCAUCAACUCCAACAAGCCUGACUUUGGUUUUCAGCAUGCAGAUUUCACAAAUAUCUCUUGCAGGCAUUACCCCACAGAUCGACUGUAGAAUUAAAAUAACUUUCAAAAGGUGCUGGGUUGAGUUUGUUCAAAUUUCUCAUUAACCACUAAUGUCACUUCAUACCAAAGGCAAAGCAUGCUACACCAGAUGAUGCUGUUAUGUUCAUGUUAUAAGAUACUUCAAACACCGUGGAAGGGUUUCAGUAGGAACCGAGUCUCAGAAGCAAAAAAAUCCAUAUAUUAUAAUAGCUCUUUGAUGUGUCAGGUGUAGGACGAUUCCUAGUGGAGAGAUUUGAACAAGUAGAAUAAAAUGUUUCAUUGCUUUGAUUCAUGUUUGAAGACUUAAAUUUCUAUGCACAAGGAAGAAAGAGUCCACUUACUACACAAUGUGUAAAUUGUGUAAAUUACAACGCAAACUACCAAAUUAUUUUUCAUUUGCUAUUAGAACAAAUCUGUUAAAAUACAUAAUUAAUAUUGGACAGAGAAGGCUAGGAAAGGGGCGAGUUUGGAUUUUGAAAUGGGGUGCCUUAUUUAUUAGUCAAUGCCAAGAUCUGAAAAUGUUCAGUGUAAUGUAAGACAGCAAGAAGUGCCCCCUCAACAGCAUGGAGAUGCUGUGAGUUUGCAGACUGAUAUAUCCGGGAAGGGGAGCUUUGUUCCCUGUGCAUUAAUGAAACCAAGAAGAUAUAGGAUAGAUAUAGUUGAGUAUCAAUUCUGUGGCCCUUGUCUCCUAGACCAUAUCAUACAUUGUUAACAUAAAUAUAGCACUACCAACCAACACAAUCUACUACAAAUCUGGUAGAGAAGUAAAAGUGAAAGCUGCACAAGCCACACACAAUUUAUUAUUCUAAUGUAAGUAGAACUAUCUGCAUAUAAUGUGAUUUAAUUUAUUGUUGUUUUGUGUAGAAAAUGAGAAUUAAUGACUGUGGAUAUAACCCGUUUUGUAUAAUAUAUUUUAUUUCUGGUGCAAACUGGUCAUUUAAAAUACCUACUUCAUUUUGUGUUUGGAUAUAAAUGUGUAUGUGUUCUUGUAAAUGUUUAUAUUAAGCAAGAAUGCCACGUACUCAGAGUAUAACAAUGUGUUCUCAUUAAAAAAAUACAACCACAGAA